AUGGCUGUCACAACAGAGAACGGCACCCAGACAGCCAACGGGCCUGUUGAGCAUCACAUUCGGUACAUCCCCUUGGCCUACUUAAGCGAGGACUCGGAAGCCACCGCCCGCCGCCUCGUUCUUGCCAUUCGCCCCGACUGGGAGAGCGCCGAUUCCAACGUCGAGUUCGUGCGCUUCACAGAUGGCAUCACCAACACACUCCUCAAGGCAGUCAACAAGAAGACCGGCCUCUCCAAGGAUGAGGUAGACAAGGAGGCCAUCUUGCUCCGCGCUUACGGAAACGGCACCGACCUGAUCAUCGACCGCCACCGCGAAACCCAGAACCACGAGCUGCUCAUGCGCUACGGCCUCGCCCCCGAGCUUCUCGCCCGUUUCAAGAACGGCAUGAUGUACCGCUUCGUUCAGGGCUCCAUGACCCACCCUGAGGAUUUGCGCAAGCCCGUCAUCUACAAGGCCGUGGCCAAGAGGCUUGCCCAGUGGCAUGCCGUGGUACCUUGCAUUGCUGCCCGCACCGGUCACAGCCGCAGAAACUCCAAGAACACCGACUUCGUUGUACCAUCCGAGGCCCUUGGAGAUGCCGAGUUCCAGCAUGUCAUUGACAAUGUCGCGCCUGGAAAGCCUCCCCCGAACGUCUGGACUGUCAUGCAAAAGUGGAUCUUUGCCCUGCCAACAGAUACGGAGGCGCAAAGAGAGCGUCAAGCUGAGUUGCAGAAGGAGCUUACCAGAACUGUUGCCGAGCUGAGUCAGCGGCCAGGCUUGGGUCAGAAUGAGCUCGUGUUUGCGCACUGCGAUCUCCUCAGUGGCAACGUCAUCGUCCUUCCCAAACCCCAACAGACACCCGCCGAGAACAACGGCGUCACCGCUAAAGACACGACCACGGACGUGACCUUUAUCGAUUACGAAUACGCUACUCCCUCACCAGCCGCCUUCGAUCUUGCGAACCAUUUCGCUGAAUGGGGUGGCUUCGACUGCGACUUCAGCGUCCUUCCCACCCGCUCCCAGCGCCGCGAAUUCAUCACCGAGUACAUUCGCGCCUACUAUGCUUAUAAGAACGAGCAGAACGGCACCGCGGCCGAUUUUGACGAGGCGGCUGAGGUUGACCGUCUACUAAACGAGGUGGACGUCUUCCGGGGCUUGCCCGGAUUCUACUGGGGCAUUUGGGCGCUCAUCCAGGCGACCAUCUCCCAGAUCGACUUUGACUACGCCUCCUACGCCGAGACGAGACUGGGCGAGUACUGGGCUUGGCGCGCCGAGAUCUCGGGUGAUCGUCAGCGCGCAGGCAAGGAGAUCCCAUUGAGGGAGAAGAGGUGGGCUCAGGAAGAAUGA